UCUCUCUCUCUCUCUCUCUCUCUCUCUCUCUCUCUCUCACCCUCAGUAUUUUUGGGCAGUUUAAUCAGAGCACGUCUCAUGUAUUGUCUCGAAGGGUUCUCUUGACUAUCGUUUAAUGGCGUGGUUACGACUAAUGAUUUUGUUCAUACAGAAAAAGUGCAAAGCAACAAUUCUUCUAGUGAUGGAUUCCGUAUCAAUUUGACAGUGGAAAAGGAUGGAAAUUCAGGUUACUUCGAUAAGUGAAAUGGAACAAUCAAACUAUGGCAAUUAACUGUCAGUUGUCGUAUGCCGCUGUAAAAAUUGUAUAUCGUUCUUUUUUCUUCUUUUUUUCUUGCGGUUAUGGUAGAAAACAAAUCGAAAAUUCGCAAUAAUCAAGUGUCGUUUAUAUAGCACAUUUGAGGGCUCGGAGAUGCAUCUCAGUAUCCGAUUAAGAAACAAUCACAUCGUUCCAUCGAACUGAAUUAGAAGUUAUUAUAUUAUACUAUUAUUAUCCUGCUGAAGCCAAAGAUGAUUGUACAUAUCAAGCAGUAUAUUACUAUAAACAUGUCCUUAUUUUAGUGAAUAAUGGGCAAGUACAAAUCUAAAUAUCCACAUAAAUUUGGUUCGUCCGACCUGUUAUGCAGUUUCAUUUGCAUCUGCCUUCAUCUUAUAAAUCUGGUGGCGGUAAAACAAUGCUUUGUUUACUGGUGUCUGUUGCAGUAACUGUUGGUAUGACCUUAUGCAGUUGUGAGCGCCGUAAAACCCUGUACUAAACAAAACAAUUAAAAUCAUGUGACCUAUUUGCACAAAUAUGAAACAGUCACUCCAGAGAGAUGAGCCAGUGAACGCUGAACGCUGUUUUCCUACUCACAGACGUACAAUCAGAGUUGUGUUUGACGCGACCAGUGGACAACCAUGCCCUUGACCGCCCCAGUGCUAGUUUCAGAGCUAGGCGGGACUCGGCCGAAACCAAAUGGCCAGGUUAUUGUAACGCGAAAGUUUCUCAUUUCCGGAACUUUGCCUGGCUUGCCAGAGAGGCUGUCCCCGCCACAGCUGCCUUAUGAUAGCCAGAUCCUCAGGUUCCGGGCCUCGCCGACCCCGGACUCCAUCAGAGAGAGGCUGCUGGCGUGUAUGAGUGGACAACUCCGCGGGUUCAGACAGAGAAGAGAGCCGGCCCGUGCACAACUCACUCCCCGCUAAGACGCCGGCCCUGAGGAACACCGGCAUCCGGAGUAGUCUGGUCAGGGGGGAACAACUCCUCUCACAACGGAACUCAGGUGCCCGGGAACCUGAAGACCUCAUUGCCAUGGGAACACUUUGGAGCCCUGCCAACAAUACCAUCACCACCACAAACAACAACAACAACAACAACAGCGGGGCCAGCAGCAGCGGACCCACCCGCAGUUCCAGCAAUACCACAGCCAGUAAUAAGUCCUUGUCAGGCAACAACAACGGCAGCAGCAGCAGUAACAACAACAACAAUAAUGGUGGCGGUGGUGUGUGUGGCUCUCAGAGAAAGCCCAUCUCAGUCGCGAUGUCCAGUGGUCGCCUAGGACACAGCUCUAGUUUCAACGGCCUGUCCAAUUUGGCGGCUGGGAGAACACAACAAAGGGACAAAGAUGUCAAAGAAGUGGAGCCCAAAUAUCCGGACCCUCUGGUGGGAGCCCCAGCUUCGUUCCAGCAACGACUCAUGGAGCUGGGGGCCCUGGAGGCAGAGACUAUACGUUGGGAGAGGAUCAAGAAAGUGAAGAAAAAGCCAAAACAAGACAGAGAUUCCUAGCUGUGAUACUGAUGUAUUGAUGUUUUAUCAAAUCUUGUCUUCUUCAUGUCAUUUCCAUAGAUACUCUUUGGCUAAGUUCCUUGUUGACGUCACAGAUAAUUGUUGGCGUCGAAGUGAAGACUGUAUUACAUGUAUCUCUUUGAUGUUUGAGAUAUGAGAUAACAGCCUUCUAACUCCUUUUUACAGAGAUACCUACUCACCAACUGUUCGUGAAAAGCUGCUAUAGGCCUCUUUAGUACACAAAGGAGGAAUCAUUGUGGCAACAUGUUACAGUACGUUACACUUCACUCUGUGGAAUAAGCGAGUACUGCUUCAGACUUAUGCUCAUCAGCACACAAUAGCAGUCAUUGAACCUUUAGAUUAAAGCUGGGAUAGAGCAGGGUGGACAGACAGGCAGAACAGAAUUAAAGCUGGUAUAGAGCAGGGUGGACAGACAGGCAGAACAGAAUUAAAGAACGCACGUGCACGUGAACAGAGACACGGCAGAAGGGAGAUGGGGUGGGGGGGGGAGGGAGGUCUCCCUGAGUCAACACGGUCUGAUUUUAUAAUUAUUCAAGUCUCACUUUGUGUUGCAUUUCUUUUGUCGCGAUAGAUUUGUCUCCAAGAGUACUAACACUUCCGGAAUUGAAAAGGGCGUUCCCCUAUCUUUCUCCUGAUUCCUUUUUUAAUAGACCAGAAGUGACCACAAAGUUGGUUAUAAAGAUAAUUGACCUUCCAUACUUUGCUGCAUUCACUUUUUCCAGACAUACAUGCACCUACUUACAGUUGGCUACGGUAUUUAAAAGUUGUAUUUAAAAGUUGAAUGUACUGGAGGCCUGUUGUAGAAUUUCUGGGGGCUUUUUUCUUCUUCAAUUAGGGAAGAUUUUGAGGUGGAGUAAGCAAUUUGGUAGAUAUAUAAUAUGCUUAUCAUUUUUUGUGGGCAUGCGUUUAAGCACACAGUAAGAAAUGUGCUAGUGCGAUUAUGAAAACUAGGAUGUAUAUGUUACAUGUAUUUCAAAUAUGAAUGUUAUAUUUAAAAUAUUUUACGACAUAAUACAAUUAAUUCAUUGUUCACUCGUGAUUCAUAGUGGAUCAAAAUGCUGCUUGCCUGUGCACGUGUUAAUAUGAUACAGCAGAUUGUUAUGGAGCAAGACGUUGACAUGUGGGAUGACAUACAGAAGUUGAAAAGGGAGGUUCUCGACCUUGUUUUGAUUGGAUGUAAUCAUGAACAAGUUCACAGUCAUGAAGCAGUGCCAUACCUUCAGGGCAUGUGAUACUCAUGGCCAUUUCCUGUGGAGUACAUAUUGUGAUGUGCUUCAAUAGGAGUUUCACAGCUGACAAUCUUUGGCAUUUUUAAAAAGGAAACAUGGUUUAAUAGCUUUUACACAAUUACUUUGAAGUCUAGUGUGCUGUUCUUUAAAAGGAAUUUCACCUCUAUGAAGAAGUAAAAGUUCCAUUAUUGUUUGAAGCAAUGAGUAUUUUAUAACAAUGUAUUUUUCUGUAAUUGAUUCGAUGUUUUAGUAAGAAGAAAGGACUUUUGAACGAUUGUUUCUUGUUAAGAUGUAACUUAUUUUCAUGUACUCACUUACCAUAAGAGAGCCUCGUCAAGAAAUCAAACAAAAAGAGUAAGGGGCCUUUAUAAGAGAACAUGUGUCUAUAUGUGUAUAGCUUAUGUAUGUUUGUAUCUUUGAGGGAGAAGGAGAGAAAAAGAGAAGACUGAGAAAACAGAGAAAAUAGCUAUAGGCUGUAGGGAGUGGCAGAUUGCUUCCUUCUUUGUUGAGAAAAAGCUGUUCAUAUUUUGGGUUCUUGGAAAGCAGGGUUUUUUUUAAGUUUAAGAGAAUAAACUAAAAAUCUAUUAACAUCAAUUCACAAUCUCAGUCUGAGAAAGGCAUUAUUCACUUGUGUGGAGGACAGUAAUU